AUGGACAUGGAUAGAAGUGGCGCUUCUUAAGGCAACCAAGGGAGCAUCCUCAGGACCAUCCUUGGCCUCUUUUUCAAGGGGAAAAAGGGCACGGGUUGGUCUCAGGGACGCGACGCGGUAGCUCUAAUCUUCGAGCAAAACGGCUUCGUCUCCCCAAGCCGCGCGUGCCGAAGGUGAGAAUCACUGGAAGAGGGUCAGCAUUGGUGAAGACAAGGAUCAAAAAGAAACGAAGGCACCAGAUGCACGACCGGAGGAAUGUUUGAUACAACAUCAGGCGAUGAUGACGUUGAUUCGGAUGAGUGGA